AUGUCCAGCGUCUUCAGAGGCUCCCAGGAUUCAUGUAGGCGUGGCGACCUCGAUCUACAGAUGUACUCCUGCAUGAUAGCUACACCUUCACGUGCGCCGCUGUACAAGUCAACCAGCUUCACAACAUUCACGUUCAGCGCCACAGCUAAAGCUUCUCUACUGAAUGCCCGCGUGCUCGAGGGUGGUGGGCUCCCACCCCGCCGGUUACAAUCGCACGAGCCGCCGAAGGACCUUCUCCCGCCGAUAGCGCAUGCAACAGCCGCCGACGGCUCGCAGGGCGUCAGCGCCUCUGUGCUUGCUCGCACGCUGCUCGUCCACGCCGUGAGCGUAUCACAAGGGCUAUCAGGCGCGUGGUCAAUGGUCCGGCUCUUCCUGGCUAUCUAUAUCCGCUUCUGCAUCUGCUCCCAUCGUAUCGGCGGUAUGUCUGUGCACCUGUACAUCCGGAGUCCCACUCCAGAACAUGGACACGACUGCGCGCUAUGCUUCCGUGUCAAGAUGGAGCACACUGUCACUGAGUUUAAUGAGGAAUAUAGAUCCCUGCCUACCCGUCUUCACGUCGGGCUGUUGGCCGCGCCCCCGCAAGAGAAGCACUGGCUAUUCCUGAAGAGGGGUCAUGUCUGCUUUGUAUUCUGUCCACGUCGAACCGUGGGAUCGCACCAGAUAGACUUUUGUGGACAUCUCGGAGUGCAACUGUCUGGCGUGUUGAUAGGCGUUGCCUCAACGGUCAACCGCCGCCUUGCUGGCCACGGUAUCAAUCGCUACUUGGGCUCCCCAAUGCAGAGCUGUGUCGUCGUUUGGAAUGAUACAGUUGCAGGAUGCUACGCUUCGACUGAAUGUCCCCAUCGAGGCGAGGGAGCAAGAGGCCUAUCUCGCACGACCGUCCCUGCUGGCUCACAUAUCGGCGGAAUCUUUCAGAUAAUCGUUAUCAAGACCGCGCGGUGCGAGGCAGGCCCGGUCAUCCUGCCCGAACGUGCAUCCUCUUCCCUUCGGAUGCGAGUUAUGCCUCCAAGAAUAACAGACUUUAGACACGAGAAAUCUCGUUAUGGCCGUAAGCUGCGGCAGGAAGUGCGAAGACUGUUGGCCUGCGCCUACGACUCGCCUAAUACGAAUGGACUGGCAAAGCCCAUGCUCUACAUACCCGCCGUAUGCGUCGCCACGUCGUGGUCGGUUGGUCCACUUGCUGAGAGAUUGGUAGAGCUCUACAGAUACCAGAUACGCGACAAGAGACUCGGUCGACGCGCGUUCAACCAUGCUGAUUCAAACUUCAACCUCGCGCGCUUGCUUGACAUGGCGGACAAGGAGCUGGACUGCCAAACGCCUGUUCAGGCCGCGCGUGAAGCGCACAAGGGAAGUGUUGCAAAGUUGCUUUUGAGGCAACAGUGCAUCGGCAGUCGCCGAGCAUCCUGCGACGAUCCACAGACGCUUGAGUCGACCCAACAGCUCUGCCUCCGCCGGGAACAACAGGCUGCCUCGCUGCUCGCGCCCUCGUGGUUUUCAUAUCGAGGACCCUAUCCUCUGCGAUCCCCGACCGUUAUUGCGAAGAUGAUGCUGCCGCCGUUUACCGCCAUCGCGAAGUGA